GUCGAAUCACGAAGCCGGUUUUUAUCGGUUGACUUCCCUUCAUCGAGUCAGUCACAAAUAAUCCGUAGCUCUGUUCGGAGUAUAUGUUGCUUAUUUUUCUGCCUCACUCGAGCCAGGACGCGACGCAACAGCUACCAGUAAAAAGUUUCCAAGAAUGCGUUCGACCAGGAAAUACGGUAAUUUCCAGUGAAUGAACACAAUAGGAAAUUGUAUUCAUUGUAGUUUCAGUUAUUUUAGUUGGUAGUUACGUUCAUGAAACGCGUUUUCAACAGUGAUAAUAAUCUAAGUGUGAAUUACAAUAUAAUCGCUUGAUGUAUCGUCAUAAUUCAAGCAAUGCAACGAGAAAUGAGAAACUACGUUUUAUUUCAAAGAAAUUUUUGCAGUCUGCGAUCGACUCCAAGGCACGAAAGAAACAAGGCAUCGACGCCGUAUACUUGUCAUUCCUAUAGGAAUCGUAACGUGAAAGUGGAAGCAGUAUCUCGAUGAUAAUCGAUAAAAUGUCACGUGGUGGAGCUGAUAGAGGUUGGGCGUGGAUAAUCGUCGCCGGCGUGACAAUCAUUAAUCUGGCGAUACUUCCAAUACAGCAAAGCUUCGGUCUGAUCUUUAGGGAACGUUUUUUUUUACUCGAUAUAACUGCCACACAGACAUCGUUAAUUGUUCAUUUGAGUGGUACCAUUACAAGUAGCCUAGGUCUGAUAAGCGGUCCAAUGAUGAAGAAAUUCACGUUUCGAGAAGUUGCCUUUCUUGGUGGUCUUACUGUUGCCAUUGGAAUCUGCGCGACUGCGUUCGCAGUCUCUCUGCCCGCCAUUAUUAUCACUUAUUGUAUUAUCGUCGGUAUCGGUCAUGGUAUCAUCUUUCCAGCUACGAAUCUCGCAAUGAACACUUAUUUUCGGAAAAAAAGAAAUGUGGCUAUGGGAUUAUCAGUAACUUUAACUGGCCUUGGGCCUAUUUUGAUGCCGCUUCUAAUAGCAAAAUUAUUGGAAAAUUAUGCUACCACUGGGACUCUUUUGAUCAUCGCAGGUAUAGCGAUGCAUUCAUUAAUCGGGGCAGCGCUAUUGAAACCAUUUAAGGAAAGAGAAAUUACAAGUAUAACAAAGGACAAUGACAUCACGGCAUCUUCCGCAGAGAGCAAUGAAAACGGUAUACUGAGAGAAGUCAAAAUAAAACUUGAAAACGUAACUGAUGUCAAAAACGACGGUGCUAAUUCUAAAUUAUUGGAAGAACGAUUGGUACAAAAUACGAGCAAGUUUGAGCAGAAUUUGUCAGAAAAUGUGAAUAGCGAAAAUAGCAAAGGAGAGAAGAAGUCGAUUUUGGGAAAAAUAACACAGCAUAUGGAUCUUGACCUUUUAAGGGAUAGUCGUUAUGUCGCCGUCAUCCUAGGUAUGGGAGUGUCUUUAGUCGCUGAAACAAACUUCAACACGAUGAUUCCUUUCGUCCUAACCGAACUUUCUGGUCUUGGAAGGGAUUCGAUCGCAACCAUAAUGUCUAUCCAAGCUGUGUCAGAUAUUACUGGACGUCUUUGCAUUCCACUCCUUGCGCACAAAGCUGGUUGGACAUCCAGGAACCUUUACGUGUUAUCUUUAAUAGGAUCCACCAUUGGAAGGACCAUAUUAUCAACGUGGGGCAGUACGUACAUUGUGGUAAUCGGCGUUGCAUUAAUUAUUGGAAUCGCUAAAGGAACGAAAGCUGUCUUCCAAACGCUAAUAAUUCCUGACUAUGUAUCUCUUGACAGACUUCCAGCUGCAUAUGGGAUGCAAAUGGUUUGCAAUGGUAUAUUGUCUAUUGCCGUAGGCCCAUUAAUAGGUUUAGUACAUGACCAAAUGAUGAGCUACGUAGGCGCACUCCAUUUCACAUCAAUUUUAAGUUUAUCUUGUGUUGUUUUAUGGUACAUGGGAGGACUCUGGACAUUUAAUAAAAGCAUUAAAAAACAUAGUGCAAAAGAAGAAAUAUCUCAAGUACAAGAAAAUUGCCCUGAAUGUAAUGCAUAAGCAUUUAC